CAGGGGGCUGCCCCGGCCGCCUCGCGCGCGCACAUGCGAGUGGCCGCGCCGCUGAGCAGCAUGCUUUACUUCCAGCUCGUCAUCAUGGCAGGCACCGUGAUGCUCGCCUACUACUUCGAGUACACAGACACCUUCGCGGUCAACGUGCAGGGCUUCUUCUGCUACGAGGGCGCCUACCGCAAGCCCUACCCGGGCCCGGAGGAGCGCAGCGCCGUGCCGCCCGUGCUGCUCUACUCGCUCACCGCGGGUGUGCCCGUGCUCGUGAUUAUCGUUGGAGAAACUGCAGUGUUUUGUCUACAGUUGGCUACAAAGGACUUUGAAAACCAAGAAAAAACAAUAUUAACUGGAGACUGUUGUUAUAUAAAUCCGCUAGUUCGCAGAACCAUCAGAUUUCUUGGAAUUUAUGCGUUUGGACUGUUUGCUACAGACAUCUUUGUAAAUGCUGGACAAGUAGUGACAGGGAAUCUUGCACCGCAUUUUCUUGCACUUUGUAAACCCAACUAUACAGCACUUGGAUGUAAACAGUACACACAGUUCAUCAGUAGUGUCCAUGCCUGCACCGGAAAUCCGGAUCUUAUCCUGAAAGCCAGAAAGACAUUCCCAUCCAAAGAAGCAGCACUAAGCGUAUAUGCAGCUAUGUAUCUGGCUAUGUAUAUCACCAGCACUGUAAAAGCCAGAGGAACAAGGCUUGCAAAACCUGUUCUGUGUUUGGGCUUAAUGUGCUUGGCUUUCCUUACCGGAAUCAACAGAGUAGCAGAAUAUCGAAAUCACUGGUCAGAUGUGAUAGCAGGUUUUCUAAUCGGAAUAUCUAUAGCUGUGUUUUUGGUUGUUUGUGUGGUAAAUAACUUCAGAGGACGUCAACCAGAGCAUGAACAUUCUCAUAUGGAUAAUCUGGCCCAGAUGCCAAUGAUCAGCAUCCCCAGAGUAGAAAGCCCUUUAGAAAAGAACCACAUCACGGCCUUUGCAGAAGUCACAUGAUAUUGACGCUGAUGUUUAUUCACUCCAUUGGACUUCAUCUCUUUUCACAGCCCACUCAUGAUAAUUACAGUGUAUCAAAAAUCAGAAAUUUUAAAAAGUCCUAUUUCUGACUUGAUUUUUACAUGAUUAAAUGAUAYCAACAUUUUGAAGAAUUCUUAUAUAUUAAAAUGUCACUGUUUACUUUUUGGUGGAAUGGGACGAACAGAGCACUAAUAGCAUUUAUCUGACAAUACCAUUUGUUUUGGCUUCUCAUUGUAUUAAAUGGUUCAUGUACUUAAUUCCAGCAGUACUUCAUAUUUUGAUYUUAAUUUGAUUUUUAAUUUGCAUUUUUAAUUCGGCAUGAAGGUGUUUCCAUUUGAAGCAGUUUCAGUGUAUAAAAACUAGGGAAAAAAAUUAUGUUCUGUAUGAAAAUGCUGUUUGCACAUUGUAUUACACUGUAUUCCRUGUAAGAUAUCAUUCAAAAUGUAUGUUAUAUGUAAGACUGGUGCUUCUGCUUUUGAAGAGAAAAAAAUGCCAAUUUUUACUGUAAUAAGUAUUGUAUCAUAAUUAAAAGUUUAUUUAUUUGGAUAUUUUCCUGACAUAAUUGUAGUUGAAUUGUUGUUUUGUAGUUCUUGAAUGUCUUGAAUGAUAUAUAUGUAUCUAGGUUAAAAGAGAUGAAAAUAAUAUAGAGAUUUUUGAUCAUUGAUAUUCUUUCUUACUGAUGAUACCCCAUAAAGGUUAAGGGCUCCAUUCUUAGGUCAGCAUAUCUGAUAGGAAGUAGUGCUAAGCAUGAAGCAUUCAAACAAAUUAUUCAAGGAAGCAUCUUCUCCUCACGUAUUUAUUACRCUCUGAUAAUAUGCUGGGAGAAUGGAUGCUAAGAUAUGAGGAAGGUACAUAUGUGUUUUCACUCUCCAUUUUCACCUUGAAGCACUCAUGCAAAAGCCAAAAUAACUGCAAAAAGGGGCCAAGGAGGUGAAAUAUAUCUCUGCGGAGCUUUCUGACUUGAUUACAAGAAAAUAUUCAUGGUGAAAGGUAUAGUCCGCCAGUCUGUACAGUGCUGGCAGGAACUGAUUUUUUUCAUCAUSAGGCAGUGGUAUCAUAUCUCCUUUGUCACUGUGAGUAAUCAGUUGAGUCUCCCCUUCCAAAGACAGCCUUGCUGUCUGUUCAUAGCRAAGUUGUCCUAUCAAAAUUGAGUGACAAAUAGAUUGGAAUGUUGUCAAUACUGAAGAUAUUUGUAGCAUCUGCUAGAACGUUUUCCUUCAACAACAGUGGGUGCGACACCACUAUAAACAUCCAGUGAUUUGCUGAAAUGAACAUAACCUUUUAGGCCUUAAAUUUUUCAUAAUAUAUUGUAUUCCUGUGGAUUAAUCAUUGGUAGAAAUUUUUUGAAACAGAUAACUGUAAAAUUGGGUAUAUUUUGUUUGUUGAAUUUUAAUGCAUUCCCACCUCGUUGUCCAGGGAAUACAUGCUUUUUAUUGUAACCUCUGCUUUCACUAAAAUACUUGCCUACCACUACCUAAAUACUGCUUGUGAAGCAAAGCAAGACCAGGUCGUCUUUGAGUGCAAUAGAGCAUAUCUCACAGAGUCAUUGUGCUAAACUGAGGAUUAGAGAAUAAAGAAAUACAUCUGAGGAAGAAAGAAUAGAGCCCUUAGCUACAAGAACGUUACUAGGUGAUUGAAAAUCCACCUUUAUUAGAAUUUCAGCUAUGUUUACAAAAUUUGUUUCACCAUCUUAGGCACACUUACCCUUCCCUUAGUCUAGUUGUGUAGGGCGCAAGGUACUAAUGAUUUCUCUGUGUGCAGAUUUAAAUGAAAUCUU